AUGUCAGACAGUGAGGACUACAUACGACAAUCUGACUCAGAGGACGACGUUUCAGACUCGGGGUUUAUGAGCAGGACAAAACCAGUUGCCAAACGAGCUUUUGAGGAUGCGUUUGACUCGGACAAGGAAGACGGAGUUGACAGUGAUGAAGAAGAGUUUGAGCAAAUAGGAAAGAACAAAAAGCUUCAGAAUGGCUUUGGAAGCGAAGACGAAGACGACGACGAAGACGAAGACAGCAAUAAUGAGAAUGAAUCUGGUAUUGAUGAGGAUGCUUUAAUGGAGCAGGCCGCAGCGGAUGCCAGGAAUAACUUGGAUUUGGAGCAGAUAGGUGGAAAGACUCAAAAGCUGAAAAAGCUUACACCAAAGCAACUAGAAAAACAAGCUGCUAAGAUCAAGAAGACUGGCGUUGUGUAUAUCUCGCGAGUUCCACCCUACAUGAAGCCUACCAAAAUGAGACAGGUGCUUUCCAGAUUUGGUGAAGUUGGAAGAUUGUUCCUGAAACCAGAAGAUCAAUCGGUAUACAAACGCCGUGUGAAGACUGGAGGUAAUAAGAAGAAGAAGUUUGAUGAGGGAUGGGUGGAAUUUGCAAACAAGAAGGACGCGAAGCUUUGUGCAUUCACGCUCAAUGGUAAUACUUUGGGUGGGAAAAAGGGAAAUUUCUACUACGACGACAUAAUCAAUGUGAAGUAUCUCAAACACUUCAAGUGGGAUGAUUUGACGUCGCAGAUAAGCAGAGAGAACGAGAUCAGGGAGGCCAAACUCCAAGCUGAACUUUCGCAGGCUCAGAAGCUGAAUAAGACUUUCAUCCAGAACGUGGAGAAGUCCAAGAUGGUCAAGAACAUGCAAGAACGGAAGAAGCAGAGAAAGGAUUACAAUCCUCAGGCGGAUGUGGAAGUGAAGAGGAGUUUCGAGCAGAGAGAGGUUACUUCCACCAGAGCCGAUUCCAAGUUCAACAAGACCAAGAUGAGUGAUAAAGUUAACAACGUGCUAAAUAGUGUAUUUUGA